GGGCGCAGCACGGAGUCCGCUUGGGGAGGGGCUACAAUCCACACAAGGGAUUUAGGGGACGCCUUACCCAGCCCUGGAGGGGAAAGCUCAGAGGGGGGAGGGGACUGACAAUUUCAAGGAAGGCCAGGAAAAGGAAGUUCCGGGACCCUCCCUGCUGUCGGCCCACCUCCGCUUCCUGCCUCAUGCCUCACCUUGUCCCCAGCACCUGGACUCCCCUCAACUGCUUGGGAAAUGUGACCUUUACUCUGGGGGGCCUGCAGCCCCAACCUUUUUUUCUCCCUGGGGUCCUUGAGCUUCUGACCCAACCCUUCCCCAGGCCAGGCUCUGGAAACUGGCUCCUGGGACUGUGCCCUAGGCACAAGUGGGCACCAACACCAACCCCACCUGUGCCUGGGCUGUGGCCCUUCCCCACAGGGCACUGACCAUGGCCCCUCCGCUCCUACUGCUCCUGCUGGCCAGUGGAGCUGCUGCUUGCCCGCUGCCCUGUGUCUGCCAGAACCUGUCGGAGUCACUCAGCACCCUUUGUGCCCACCGAGGCCUGUUGUUUGUGCCACCCAACGUGGACCGGCGCACAGUGGAACUGCGCCUGGCUGACAACUUCAUUCAGGCUCUGGGGCCACCCGACUUCCGCAACAUGACAGGGCUGGUGGACCUGACCCUGUCUCGCAAUGCCAUCACCCGUAUUGGGGCCCGUGCCUUUGGGGACCUGGAGAGCCUGCGUUCUUUGCACUUGGAUGGCAACAGGCUGGUGGAACUGGGCAGCAGCAGCCUUCGAGGGCCUGUCAACCUGCAGCACCUCAUACUUAGUGGUAACCAGCUGGGCCGCAUUGCGCCAGGGGCCUUUGACGACUUCCUCGAGAGCCUUGAGGACCUGGACCUGUCCUACAACAACCUCAGGCAGGUGCCCUGGGCUGGCAUCGGUGCCAUGCCUGCCCUACACACCCUCAACCUGGACCACAACCUCAUCGAUGCACUGCCCCCAGGCGCCUUUGCCCAGCUUGGCCAGCUUUCCCGCCUUGACCUCACGUCUAACCGGCUGGCCACAUUAGCACCUGACCCACUUUUUUCCAGGGGGCGGGACGCUGAGGCCUCACCUGCCCCUCUGGUGUUGAGCUUCAGUGGGAACCCACUGCACUGCAACUGCGAGCUGCUGUGGCUACGGCGCCUGGCCCGGCCUGAUGACCUGGAGACCUGCGCCUCUCCACCAGGCCUGGCAGGCCGUUACUUCUGGGCAGUGCCCGAGGGCGAGUUCUCCUGUGAGCCACCCCUCAUUGCUCGCCACACACAGCGCCUGUGGGUGCUGGAGGGCCAGCGGGCCACUCUACGGUGUCGGGCUCUUGGUGACCCUGCACCCACCAUGCAUUGGGUUGGCCCUGAUGAUCGGCUGGUUGGCAACUCCUCCCGAGCCUGGGCUUUCCCCAAUGGGACCCUAGAGAUUGGGGUGACAGGCGCUGGGGAUGCGGGAGACUAUACCUGCAUUGCCACCAACCCAGCUGGUGAGGCCACAGCCCGAGUAGAGCUCCGGGUACUGGCCUUGCCCCAUGGAGGGAAUACCAGUGCUGAGGGGGGGCGCCCUGGGCCCUCGGACAUUGCUGCCUCAGCUAGAACUGCUGCUGAAGGUGAGGGGACUCUGGAGUCUGAGCCUGCUGUGCAGGUGACAGAAGUGACGGCCACCUCAGGGCUGGUGAGCUGGGGCCCAGGGCGGCCAGCUGACCCUGUGUGGAUGUUUCAAAUCCAGUACAACAGCAGCGAGGAUGAGACCCUCAUCUACCGGAUCGUCCCAGCCUCCAGCCACCACUUCCUGCUGAAGCACCUAGUUCCUGGUGCUGACUACGACCUCUGCCUGCUGGCCCUGUCACCUGCCACUGGGCCCUCCGACCUCACAGCCACCAGGCUGCUGGGCUGUGCCCACUUCUCCACUCUGCCAGCCACACCCUUGUGCCAUGCCCUACAGGCCCAUGUGCUGGGUGGAACCCUGACAGUUGCUGUGGGUGGGGUGCUGGUGGCUGCCUUAUUGGUCUUCACUGUGGCCUUGCUGGUUCGGGGCCGUGGAGCUGGGAAUGGCCGUCUCCCACUCAAGCUCAGCCACGUCCAAUCCCAGACCAAUGGUGGCACCAGCCCCACACCCAAGAGCCACCCACCACGGAGCCCUCCACCUCGCCCCCAGCGCAGCUGCUCCCUGGACCUGGGAGACACUGGUGGGUGCUAUGGGUAUGCCAGGCGCCUGGGAGGAGCCUGGGCCAGGCGGAGCCACUCUGUUCAUGGGGGACUGUUGGGGGCUGGAUGCCGGGGUGUUGGGGGCAGUACAGAACGGCUGGAGGAGAGUGUGGUAUGAUGGGAGGGGCAACUACUCUUGUGUCUGGAGGAAGAGCAGUGCCACCAAAGGGCCCUGGUGGCAGCACUAAGCCUAGGUGGUCAGCACAGCCCUGGACCCUGCCCUGCUUUUUUAUCCUUGGUACCUCAGGCUACCCAGUGGGACAGCAAGCCCUUUCCUUGGUCUGGCCUCCAGACUAAAGGGACAGGUCCCACCAACAGGUGCUCAGAGCCACCAAGGCAGGGGCUGCAGCCACCAAGAGGGAGUCUUGUUUCUAUUUAUAAUAAAAUUGUUGGGGUCAUCCCAAUGCAGGUU